CAGUUCAUGUUUAGUGUCGCGGCGUUUGUCCUGCCUCCUCACGGUGCGCAACGCUCAGGGAGGAAAGUGUCUUUUUUUUUCCUUCACGAAAGCCCUUUAACCAUCAGUGUGAGCUCUGGGCUUAGGGGGGAGCGAGUCUGAGGGGCCCGGUCUGGCUGAGAGAGAAAUCCUUCAACUUUCACACAUGGCGCUGUAGAAUCCGCACAUUUUUUGUGGAUUUUAUAUUUUCAAAGGAACCACUUCCUUUUUUUAAAAGAAAGUCGCCCGUUUUACGGUUUUGCAGCGGGCGCUCGGUCAUGGAGAUGCAAAGAUGGACCAUCAGGUGGAAAACGAAAAGGCGUCUAUUGGAUUCCACGCAAGCCGCUGUGGUCACGUUACUUUUAUUCCUACAAACGUCCUGCGUCAGAGCAGCUGAACCAGUGGAUGUGCUAAAAGUGCUAGACUUCCAGAGUUCCCCUGAAGGAGUACGGAAAACACCGGGUUUCUGCACAGUCCGGAGAGGAUCCAAACCUGACAUAGCUUACAGAGUGGGAAAAAAUACUCAGAUCAGCGCGCCAACCAAGCAGCUCUUCCCAGGGGGGAUUUUCCCAGAAGACUUCUCUAUUCUCUUCACCAUCAAACCCAAGGCUGGACUUCAAUCCUUCCUUUUAUCAGUUUACAACCAACAAGGCCUUCAGCAGCUCGGGGUGGAGGUGGGUCGCGCUCCUGUCUUCAUGUAUGAGGACCAGCAUGGCAAACCACCCCCAGAGGAGUACCCUUUGUUCCGCUCCAUCAACCUCGCUGAUGGCAAAUGGCACAGAGUCGCUAUCAGCGUGGAGAAGAAAAGUGUGACAAUCAUUGUAGACUGUAAAAAGAAGGUGACCAAGCCUCUCAAAAGAAGUGACCAAGCUGUGGUCAACACAGAAGGCAUUACUGUCUUUGGCACCAGAAUCCUGGACGAUGAAGUCUUUGAGGGUGACAUCCAGCAGCUGCUGAUUGUAGCAGAUCCCAGAGCAGCCUAUGACUACUGUGAACUCUACAGCCCUGACUGUGAAACACCCAGCCAUCAUGACAUCCCGCAGGCUCAGGAACCAGAGGACGUGUACACUAAUUAUGAGUAUGGUGACGUCUAUGAUUACAAAGACUACAGUGAAGGAGAAAUAACCCCUCACAUUCCCCCCACUGCUCCACCAAAGACCGAGACUAAUGCCGGUGAUGACUACUACAAUGGAGAGUAUGAAUAUACCAAGCUGGAUGGAAGUCAGCCUGAAACUCCCACUGAGUCUACAGCACAAGGCCAGAGUUAUGAAGGGGAAGUAGAGUACGAUUACAUCACUGGUGUAGAUGAGGUCGGUGUGGACCCCACUGUUCCUGCGAAAGCUGCUGUCCCUGAGGACACCAAUAAGAGUGUGGAUCCUACAACUGACCAGUACGAGUUUAAGGAAUACAACGUGAAGGAGUAUGAUACCAAGGAGUUCGAAGGAAAAACAUACGACUAUGGUGAAUAUGACGAAUACGUCCCCACCGAUGUCAAGCCUACAACUGAAACGUACGAAGAAAAGUUCGGCCUUGGAGUUCCAGCAGAGACAGACAUCAGAGAGAGUGCUGUAAUCGGGGGUCAGAGUUACUUGGGUCAGAAAGGAGAGAAGGGUGAACCAGCUGUCAUUGAGCCUGGGAUGCUUUUAGAAGGACCCCAAGGAGUCCCUGGCCCAGCAGGUGUUCCUGGUACCCCAGGGUUGCAAGGGCCCCCAGGUACUCCAGGAGAUCCUGGUGAGAGGGGUCCCCCAGGUCGUCCUGGUAUUCCCGGUUCAGACGGUGUUCCUGGACCUCCAGGUACCAUUCUGAUGCUUCCAUUCCGUGCCGGCGGUGAAGCACACAAAGGACCCGUGAUCACAGCUCAAGAAGCUCAGGCUCAGGCCAUCCUGUCUCAGGCUAGACUAACAAUGAGAGGUCCUCCAGGGCCUGCAGGCAUGGCAGGAAGAUCCGGUCUAGUGGGACCGCCUGGCGCACAUGGACUCAAAGGUGACAGUGGUGAAACUGGGCCACAGGGACCCAGAGGUCUUCAAGGCCCCACAGGUCCACCAGGGAAAGCAGGGAAGAGGGGCCGGAAUGGAGCUGAUGGGGCACGUGGAAUGCCAGGAGAGGCAGGAGCCAAGGGUGAUCGAGGUUUUGAUGGGCUUCCUGGUCUUCCAGGAGAGAAAGGUCAUAGGGGAGAACACGGCUCCACAGGUCCUCCAGGUCCACCAGGAGAAGAUGGCCCAAGAGGUGAAGACGGCCAGGUUGGGCAGAGAGGUUUGGCAGGAGACAGUGGUCCCAGAGGCUUACUCGGCCCCAGAGGGUCCCCCGGCCCUUCAGGACAGCCUGGUCUCUCUGGACUUGAUGGACAGGCCGGUCCCAAAGGAAACAUGGGUCCACAAGGAGAGCCAGGUCCUCCCGGGCAGCAGGGCCUUCCUGGUCCUCAUGGUCUCAUUGGUCCUCAAGGUCCAAUCGGGCCUCCUGGUGAAAAAGGACCUCAAGGGAAGCAAGGUCUGGCUGGACUUGCUGGUGCUGAUGGUCCUCCUGGUCACCCGGGAAAGGAGGGUCCUCCUGGGGAGAAAGGAUCAGUUGGUUUUCCUGGUCCAGUGGGAUCCAUCGGUUAUCCCGGUCCUCGUGGUGUCAAAGGAGCUGAAGGAAUCCGAGGCCUCAAAGGUGACAAAGGAGAAAAGGGAGAAGAUGGGUUUCCUGGGUUCAAAGGGGACAUGGGAAUCAAGGGGGACAAGGGCGAGGUUGGUGUAAAUGGACCCAGAGGAGAGGACGGUCCUGAGGGUCCCAAGGGGAAAUCGGGACCAAGCGGAGAGACCGGUCCGUUGGGUUUAGCUGGAGAGAAGGGAAAGCUUGGAGUGCCUGGACUGCCUGGAUACCCUGGAAGACAAGGCCCCAAGGGUUCCAAUGGCUUCCCAGGAUUCCCUGGGGCAAAUGGUGAAAAAGGAGCAAGGGGAAUUGCUGGAAAAUCCGGCCCCAGAGGGCAACGAGGUCCAACUGGUCCCCGUGGAGGACGAGGAGCAAGAGGACCGACAGGAAAACCAGGUGCAAAGGGCACCUCCGGCAGCGAUGGACCUCCUGGCCCACCCGGAGAGCGGGGACCGCAAGGACCACAGGGACCUGUCGGUUUCCCUGGACCCAAAGGACCAAAUGGUCCAGCAGGUAAAGAUGGGCUGCCCGGUCACCCUGGACAGAGGGGAGAAACGGGCUUCCAAGGAAAAAAUGGACCCCCUGGACCCGUAGGAGUGGUUGGACCUCAGGGACCGACUGGAGAGACAGGACCAAGUGGAGAGCGAGGACACCCUGGUUCCCCUGGUCCACCUGGAGAGCAAGGUUUACCAGGAGCUGCAGGAAAGGAGGGUGGAAAGGGAGAUCCAGGUCUUCAGGGUCCUGGUGGCAAGGUGGGGCCUCCUGGCCUUAGAGGUUUCCAAGGGACAAGAGGUCUUCCAGGAGCUAUGGGUCCAGCUGGCUUAAAGGGAGGAGAAGGGCCUCAGGGUCCCCCUGGCCCUGUUGGUUCUCCUGGUGAGAGAGGUCCGGCUGGUCCUGGAGGUCCUAUUGGUCAGACAGGACGGAAUGGUCCACAAGGACCACCUGGUCCUGCUGGAGAGAAAGGCGGUCCUGGAGAGAAAGGUCCCAUGGGUCCAGCUGGUCGUGAUGGGAUUCAAGGCCCGGUAGGUCUUCCUGGUCCAGCUGGUGCUCAGGGUCCCCCUGGAGAGGACGGUGACAAGGGAGAAGUUGGUGGACCUGGACAGAAGGGCAGCAAAGGAGACAAGGGUGAAUCUGGUCCACCGGGUCCAACAGGUGUCCAGGGCGUGGUUGGAGCUCCUGGUCCAGCUGGCAGCGAUGGUGAAGCAGGGCCAAGAGGACAGCAGGGCAUGUUCGGUCAGAAAGGAGACGAAGGACCCAGAGGUUUUCCAGGACUACCAGGACCCGUCGGACUGCAGGGUCUGCCCGGUCCUCCCGGUGAGAAGGGAGAAAACGGGGACGUUGGAGCGAUGGGUCCACCAGGUCCUCCUGGUCCCAGAGGUCCACAGGGCCCCAGUGGUGCUGAUGGUGCACAAGGGCCUCCUGGAGGUAUUGGUUCAAUGGGAGCUGUCGGUGAGAAAGGAGAAACUGGAGAGGCUGGUAACCCAGGACCACCUGGAGAACCUGGUAUUGGAGGCCCUCGAGGAGAGACUGGAGAGAAGGGAGAGACUGGCCCCCCUGGAGCUGCUGGGCCUGCAGGCGCCAGAGGACCCCCUGGCGAUGAUGGUCCAAAGGGUAACCCUGGUCCUGUCGGCUUCCCAGGAGACCCAGGCCCCCCUGGUGAGCCAGGUGCUGCUGGUCUUGAUGGUUUACCUGGUGAUAAGGGAGAUGAUGGAGAGGCAGGACAACCAGGCCCUCCAGGUCCAUCUGGUGAAGCCGGAGUACCAGGGCCUCCUGGUAAAAGGGGACCUCUUGGACAAGCAGGUCAAGAGGGCAGGCAAGGAGAAAAGGGAUCCAAGGGAGAAUCUGGAGCAGAAGGACCUGUUGGGAAAACUGGACCUGUGGGACCUCAGGGGCCACCCGGAAAGGCUGGUGCUGAAGGUCUGCGUGGAAUUCCUGGCCCUGUUGGUGAGCAAGGACUUCCAGGUGCCUCUGGACAAGAUGGUCCUCCUGGACCCAUUGGACCCCCUGGACUUCCCGGCAUGAAAGGAGACUCUGGAUUCAAAGGAGAGAAGGGUCAUCCUGGUCUCAUUGGUCUGAUUGGACCUCCUGGUGAACCCGGAGAGAAGGGAGACAGAGGUCUGCCUGGACCUCAGGGUUCUGCAGGUGGUAAGGGAGACGCUGGGUUGGGGGGUGCCAAUGGUCCUCUCGGUCCUCCUGGUCCUCCUGGACUUCCUGGUGCACAAGGACAAAAAGGGUCUAAGGGUUCAGUUGGUUCGGCUGGUCAGAAGGGAGACCCUGGGCUGGUUGGACAACCUGGACCACCUGGUCCACCUGGUGACAUCAUCCAGUCGCUGCCCAUUCAUCAGCCUAGCAAAAAGAGCAGGCGGCAGGCCGACACGCAGGGAGACGAGGCAUUGGCCGACUAUGGCAUAGGUUUGGGCACAGAGGGAAUGGAGGAUGUCUUUGGAUCUCUCAACAACCUCAAACAAGACAUCGAACACAUGAAGUUCCCCAUGGGCACGCAAGACAACCCUGCUAGAACCUGCAACGACCUGCACCUCAGCCAGCCCGACUUCCCAGAUGGUGAAUACUGGAUCGAUCCAAACCAGGGCUGCAUUGGAGACGCCAUCAAAGUGUUUUGUAACUUCACAGCAGGUGGAGAAACGUGUAUUUACCCAGACAAGAAGUCUACAGGAGUUAGAAUAUCUAACUGGCCCAAGGAGUCUCCAGGUUCUUGGUUCAGUGAAUUCAAACGAGGGAAAAUCUUGAACUACGUCGACAUGGCAGAGAACACCAUCAACAUGGUUCAGAUAACCUUCUUAAAGCUGCUGAGCUCCUCAGCCCGGCAGAACUUCACCUACAUUUGCCAUCAAUCCGUCGCCUGGUAUGAUGCCAAAGCUGACAGCUACGACAAGGCGCUGCGCUUCCUGGGCUCCAACGAUGAGGAAAUGUCUUAUGACAAUAAUCCUUUCAUCAAGCCGCUGAUGGACGGCUGCUCGCUAAAGCAGGGCUAUUCCAGGACUACGUUGGAGAUCAACACUCCCCGCAUCGACCAGUUGCCCAUCAUUGACGUCAUGCUGAAUGACUUUGGGGGCACCAACCAGAGGUUUGGCUUUGAGGUUGGUGCCGUGUGUUUCCUCGGCUAGACGACCCCUCCCCACCCCUCCCAGCUGAAAGACAGGGUCAGAGGGUACAUAAUAACACCCACACUCAGAGAUCUGACAACCAUCACCUUCUCUCCCUACGAAGCAAAGAAGACCCAAUCAAGCAGGAAGGAAAGAAGACGUCUGACCAGGGGGAAGUCCUCCUCGCCCUCGUAGGGCCAGAACCACAUGACUUUAACUUGAGUGACAUCAGGAAAAGGAGGUUAGAUGCUGUGGUGGACAGUAGCACACUUUCAGCAUUAAAGAGAGGAUCCACUCACCCCCAAACCCAAUUAUCCCACAUUCUCCCCUCCCACCUCCUCUUCCUCUCUGGAUGCUCCAGGUGAUGCUCAGAGUACAACCACGGAGGUGCUUUUGUGCAGAAUCACAAAACACCCAAGGUGCUACAAAUAGUGCUUUUUGAUAAAAUUGUAAUUAUUUUUUAACAUAGCAAUUUUGUACAUUACUGUUCCUCACCAAAUCCACUCUAAAAGCCUGCAUGUGCCUCUUAAGGGUUGAAUAAAUAUUUGGUUAAUCAUGCUUGAAGAAUAAAUUUUAUGAUUAUAUUUAAAGUUUCUUAGAAGAGAGUCAUGUCCAUGAUAUACUUUUAAAACAGCCUCAAAUUGUAACUAUGAAUCAGUCCUUUUGUAAAUAUUACUGUCAGGAUUUAUUUUUAUGUGCUUAAACAAACUAGGAGGUGAUAAUUCAAUCCAAAAGAGCAGUUUGUGUUUUUCAUGACAAGCCUGAUUCCCAUCAGGAAAUUAAGCCAUAACAAACCAAGAUAGUAAUAUAAAUAGUUUUGGAUAAAAAUCAUUGUUGUACCUCUUUGUUCUCUAAAAACUUUGACAUACUAGCUUAAAACAUGUUUACAUUUUAUCAUGUGGUAAAAUCACAGCGAGGCCAUGUGGAUAUUUUCUCUGUAACAAUGAACAAAAAGUGUUUUUUUUAAAGUGCCAAUUAAAACGGAGUUCUGAAACAAGUUGGGCUGAAUGUAUUGUUCCCUUUUUGUGAUUCUGUGGCCUGUUGGCAUCACCGUUGUUGGUCACAAUAAUAAAAAAGACGAGGAUUC